AUGUAAAUCAUAGAACAAAAUGAUAUUUAAGAAAAUGCGGAAUAAUACAAUUUAGAUGUUGGAUAAGAUUAAAAUGAAAUAUUUGUUCUUCCAAAUCAUUAAAUGAAUAUCUUAUCAAGGAAUGCUGUAGAUAAAUUACAAGUCAAUAUUUAAAGUUCCAUCUCUAAAUUUAAUAAAUUAUUAAUGAAAGCUUAAGAUAUAACUCUAGAAAAUCAUAGAAAUUAAGAUUUAUGCUAAAAAGCUGUAUAAGUAGUAUAAGUGGCUUCGAUUGGAUUAAUGUAAAUUAUGAAUAUCAAUUAAUUACUUGAAAACAAAAAUUUAGCUGUUGAACAAAGUGUUAGUAGUUUAAAUAUUAUAUGUAAAACAAAUUAAUUGAAUUAAUACUCAACUAAUUUAGUUCUAGAUUAUAUGAAUCAUAUAAUCUUGGAAAAAAUUGUAGAACUAAUAGAUAAGUUUUCAUAAUUGCAAAAAGAAUAGAAAAGAAGUCUGGCUAUAUAUUUAGCAAAAUUAUAGUCUUGUAUUGAAAUUUUACCAGGUGCAACAACAGUUAAACAUAAUGAUUUAUAUGCUAUACCUCCAGAUCAUUAAGAUUGGUAAAUGAUUAAUCCUUUUAUUGAAAAAAAACAAUUAGCUACUGAUGAAUAGAUAAAGAAAUCUUAUGAAAAAGUCUCUUUUGGUAUUCUACUUGGAAAUGCAAUGAUUUCAAAAGGUUCAGAAUAUAGAGGUGAAUUAUAAAAGUCUUUUAUGGAGGGUUUUGGAGCAUUAUAUUAUGGAUUAAAUAAAAAAAAGAUGAAAAGUAGAGCUGAUCAUUUUUUAGUAGAGGCUAAAUAAGAAGAUGCUUUUAAAGCUUGGAAUUUACCUGAGACUGGUAUUAUUAAGAAAUUUCUACCAGCUAUUUUCCCUUCAAUUUCAUUCAAUAAGAAAAUUUACAUUCCAAAAUUAUUUAGAAAGAUUACUAAAGAAUAUAUCCUAGAAUAAUAUAAUCAAGGAACAAUAAAUAAAAUAAAUAAUGAUUGUGGUAUAUUUUUUCCAGAAUAAAUGAUAUUAAUGGAUGACUUAUUGAAAAAUGAUUUAAAUUAAGAUAGAGUAUAAGUUAGAGUACUAUGCCAUGAAACAUUAAAAUUUAAAGGAGUAGAUGGAUUUAUGUCAAUGUUUAAAAGUACUAAAAGUAAAUAGUUUAAUUUUGAUAAAAUUGUGAUUCAUAUACGUAUUUAUUUAUAUUUAUAUAUUUAAUAGAUGGAGGAGGUUUUGUAGCAAUGUCAUCAAGAUCACAUUAAACUUAUACUAGAAAAUGGGCUAAUAAUAUGAGAGUUCCAAUCUUUUCUAUUGAUUACAAAAUGGCACCAGAUCAUCCAUACCCUGCAGGCUUAGAUGAUUGUUGGCAAGCCUAUAUGUUUAUAAUUACUUUCAUCUAGAAGUAUUUCAAUGUUGUUCCAUCUAAAGUUGUAUUAGUGGGAGAUAGUGCAGGUGGUAAUUUAGUAGCAGCUUUGACUAUCUAAGCAAUAAAGGCAGGAGUCAGAGUACCUGAUGGUAUCUUGUUAGCUUAUCCUGCUCUAUCUUUAGAUAUAAAAACUUUUACUCCUAGUUUUUUAGUGUCUCUUGAUGAUUCAUGUAAAAUUAUACAUAAUACUUAGUAUUGCAUCACACAGUCUUAAAAUUAUGUUUAAAUUCAUAUGUAUAGAAGGAAUUUAAUUCAAUAAUAGAUCCUAUGCUUUCACCUUCUGCAGUUAGUGAGGAAAUCUUGAAACAAUUUCCUAAAACUCGAAUUGUUGUAGGAACUUAUGAUCCACUUCAUGAUGAAAGUUUUAGAUUAUUAUUUAAACUUGUUUAAUUAAAGAAGGAUGUUAAAUUGAUUGAAUAUUAAUCUAUGCCUCAUGGAUUUUUAUCUUUUGAUAUAAUUAAUGGAAUGAAAGAAGCUAAAUAAACUGUUAUAGAUGCUUAAAAUUGCUUGUUGGAAAUGCUAAAUUGA